CGUGUGUCUGAUCGGGAUAAAGAAGGACGACAACAAGAGCAUCCUGCUGAACCCCGGCCCCCGCCAUAUCAUGGCCGCCACCGACACCUGCUACUACAUCAACAUCACCAAGGAGGAGAACUCCGCCUUCAUCUUCAACCAGGAGCAGAGGAAAGGCCGCCCAGCGGGGGGGCUUUACGGAGGACCCUCGCAGCUUCCUGUGCACAGCAUCAUCGCCAGCAUGGGCACUGUUGCCAUGGAUCUUCACAACACGAGUCCCCCUGAUGGGGGUACACUGGUCCCGCCCUCAGUAAACGGAGCAGGGGGUCGCCGGCCGAGCAUCGCUCCAGUUCAGGAGAUCGCCGACUCCUCCUCCAUUCUGCCAUGUGACCUUCUCAGCGACCAAUCAGAAGAUGACUCUGUCUUCACAGAUGAGAAAUCUACUGAGUAUGUGAAAGGUUAUCCCCCCAACUCUCCGUACAUCGGGAGCUCGCCCACCUUAUGCCAUCUGUUGGCAGAGAAAGCUCCGUUCUGCUGCCUACGACUGGACCAGGGUUGCAGGCACAACAGCUUUGAGGAUGCUAAGGCUUAUGGUUUUAAAAACAAGCUCAUAAUUGUGUCUGCUGAGACAGCAGGGAACGGUCUUUAUAAUUUUAUCGUUCCUCUCAGAGCUUAUUACAGACCCAGGAAAGAACUCAACCCCAUUGUCCUGCUGCUGGAUAAUCCGUAUUUGAUUCGUUCGGACCCUCUGGCUCACGUCCCAGAGGAGCCUCCUCUCCACAGAAGCAGCCUGAAAGAGAGACACGAGUCUGAAACAGAGCCCAGAGAGGACACCCAACUCUGA